AUGACAUCUUCAACAUCAACUCCUCCAACAUCUCCAAAAUCUAUUUCUCCAUUAACUGACCCUCCUACAUUACCUAAAUUAAGACACAUUGCUCCUGCUCCUCGAGAUAAACCUGAAUAUGAUAUUUAUCAUAUUCCAAAAGGUUAUGAAGUAGUAUUAGUACCAAAAACUUCUUCUAAUGGUACUACUCCUGAUUUCUCUACUGGUCCUUCUCCUACUUCUCCUACUUCAAAUGUUAUACCUCUUUCACCCGCUGCUUCUGUGUCUAGUAUUCAUGGUUCUCCUUCAAAACUUUCUCUUUCUCCUCCAUCUAAAUCUCCUCCAAAUAGUUCGUGGCGCAAACGUAAAAAUAAUGGUCAUAUUCCUCGUCCAAAAAAUUGUUUCAUGGCCUAUCGUGAACAUAUGCAACAUGAAGUUCUUAAAAAAAAUCCUGGAAUGAAUAAUAAACAUGUUUCUGUUAUUGCUGCUGAAAUGUGGAAAAAUGAACCUGAAGAUGUUAAACAAUUUUGGCGUGCUCUCAUUAAAAGAUCUUCUAAUUUAAUGACUGAUGGUUUCACUAAAGAUUUAUUAAAAAAUCGUGAAAAUCGUGUUUCUCCUCUUUUUUGGGGCCAUUAUCGUUCUUCUUCUUCAGAUUCUAUUGGUUCAAUUGGUUCAAUUGGUUCAAUUAAUUCUUGGACUAGUGAUUCUGCUCCUUCAACUCCUCCUUCUUUUAUCGAUGAUCCUACUCAUUCUCCUCCUAUUUUUAAUUCUCAUCAUGAAAAUCGUUCUCCUUCUCCUUUACGUUUUGAAACUUUAAAAGUUGAAUCUAAUAAUAAUCUUGAUCAUCAAAAUGAUUGGCAAAGAAUUUGUGAUAUGCCUCUUGAAGGUGAACUCUUUCAAUCUCUUCUUCCUCCUCCUAUUAUGGAUUUCGAUCAAUCCAUUCAUGUUGAUGCUCCUUAUUAUGAUGAUUUUGAAAGUGGAAGUUUCCUUCAACCUAAUACUCAACUUUUAAAUCCUUUUGAAUUUAAUCCUAUCAUUCCUACAAAUCAUCAUCAUCAUCAAG